AUGUCUGGAAACACGGUGCCCUACCAAGGCGACCGCCUCAUCCUAGAUCGAAACUACGCUCGAUCCCCCGACGAUCAUCUGUUCUUCUCACAGAGAUUUGAGGGUACCUCUGGCCCUAAUGACCUUCUAGGGGCCGAUCUCAGUUUCACAGGCUGCUUGAAUAGCUCAGGCGACUACCACGUCCUCGAGAGUUCCUUCGAUCUCUCGAGCUCCCCUUCAGCGGAAGAUUUCUUCGGCCACGGGGACGUAGUAGCUCCGGCCACGGCCACGGUCGGCAUCGCAAUUGAUCGGUCUACCUCUGGUGGAGUCAACGCAGCCACUCCGAAUUCAUCGAUGUCUUCCUCGUCAAUCGAGGCCGUCGGCGAUGAGGAUUCUGGAAGGAGCAGGAAAUAUCUGGGAGAGAUAGCCAAAGCUGAUGAUGUCGAUGAUGGAACUGAGAAGCCCAAAAAGCCGUAAGCGGAUGCUUUAUCUACCUUUAUCUUUGAUUUUUUUUCAAUUUUCCCCUCCCUGUAAGGUCAAUUUAUGCGGUUAUAAACAUUUUUCGGGGGUUCUCCCACUGCAGAUCAAUUAGGUUUACCUCCUCUUGAGAUUUCCUUCGGGGUUUUCUUAGGAUAAGGUCAGCUUUUAGGGCUUCUACUGUUCAUCUGAAGUCCUCAUCCUUCCGAUUCGUUAAACACCAUUUUGGGGUAAUUUCUCAUUCGAUUGUUCAUGCUACCCAUCUACUUCUAGUGUAGACAGAAGAAUGGGAACCUAUGAAUGAAAAAUAGAAAGCGUUACGUGAAGAUCUCUGAAGAUUAAUGCAGCUAAUAUGUGCACAUGUGGACAGUAGUUCUCUAAUUGCUGUUCAGAAAAUAUAUGCUUCCUCAUGGUGAUCAUGACAUUUCUGCUUCCUGUUGAUCUCUUUCCGAUCUCUCGGCGCAGGAUCAAGCCGAGGAAGAAAGGCGAGAAGCGACCAAGAGAACCCCGCUUCGCCUUCAUGACAAAGAGCGAAGUUGACCAUCUCGAAGAUGGCUACCGGUGGAGGAAAUACGGUCAGAAGGCCGUAAAGAACAGCCCGUACCCAAGGUUUGGCAAUCUUUGAGUGUCCCCAAGAAUGCCGUUUUACUUAUAUCGCUUAAUAGUAGUAAUCUAUUCGCCUGUUUUUCCAAUUUAGAGUCUAACCCGGUACGAGUUCGAUAUCUCGCCUUGGUCGUCUGGAAAUCUUAUUUCCAAGCACAGCAGAAUCGUUGCAUGCCCUAUUCCUAUGAUUCUAAUUCUCUCUCUCUCUCUCUCGCUCUUCCCUCAUGCAGAAGUUACUACCGUUGCACCACGCCCAAGUGUUCGGUGAAGAAGAGAGUGGAACGAUCUCAUCAAGACCCAUCCAUCGUGAUCACGACCUAUGAAGGGCAGCACACCCACCACAGCCCCGCGACGAUCCGAGGGAGUAGUCACGUACUCGCACCCUCUACCUCCAUGGCGGGCUUCUGCUCUGAACUGCUUCUGCACCAUCGCCGUCUUCCCUCGCCGCUCGACGUGCAACUACGUGAAGCCAGGCGCCUGAGCCCUCAGAGCCUUUCUCCCUACCCUGCAACCCAGCAUCCCCAAUGCCCCCCUGACUACGGCCUCCUUCAAGACGUCGUUCCCUUCGUCGUCCACCACGCCAAACAAUGA